AAUCCCCAUCAUUUUCAUCGUCUCUCAGUAGUCAAACUCAAACGUUCUUCUUCUUCUUCUCUCUCUCUUUCUCUAGAAUCCCGUGGCACAGUGAGUGAAGUCAUCCUACGACUGUUGAAGACCUUGUCAGUCAAAGGCCGGGACUUUUCGCGUCUCUGCUUCGGCGUGCAUCAAUCCUAAAAAAAGGGUUGAUUUCGGAGGGGGUAGGGUGACGGAAAGGGGUCGAAUUCGAAGCUCGCUCCGAUGGAAGGUGGCCGGAAAGUGGUGGUCUCCGCUCUGCAGUUCUCCUGCACCGACGACGUCCCCACCAACGUCUCCAAGGCCGAGAGGUUGGUUAGAGCUGCUCAUGGGAAGGGUGCAAACAUCAUUCUCAUUCAGGAACUUUUUGAAGGAUACUACUUUUGUCAAGCACAGAGGGAAGAUUUCUUUCAGCGAGCAAAGCCUUACAAGGGUCACCCAACUAUUAUGAGGAUGCAGAAACUUGCAAAGGAGCUGGGUGUAGUGAUACCUGUCAGCUUCUUUGAAGAGGCAAAUAAUGCCCAUUACAACUCUAUAGCUAUAAUCGAUGCUGAUGGGAGUGAUCUUGGAUUGUACAGAAAGUCACACAUCCCCGAUGGACCAGGUUACCAGGAGAAGUUCUACUUCAAUCCAGGGGACACUGGCUUUAAGGUUUUCGAGACAAAAUUUGCCAAGAUUGGAGUUGCAAUUUGUUGGGACCAGUGGUUUCCUGAGGCAGCUCGAGCUAUGGUUUUGCAAGGGGCAGAAAUAUUGUUAUACCCAACUGCUAUUGGUUCUGAACCACAGGAUGAAGGACUUGAUUCUAGAGAACACUGGAAGAGAGUUAUGCAAGGGCAUGCUGGGGCUAAUCUGGUACCUCUGGUGGCUUCAAAUCGCAUGGGGAAAGAAGUAAUACAGACAGAGCAUGGAAAGAGUGAGAUCACAUUCUACGGCAACUCUUUCAUCGCAGGACCAGCGGGAGAAAUGGUGGCAAGUGCUAAUGACAAAGAGGAAGCUGUUCUUGUGGCGGAAUUUGAUCUGGCUAAUAUAAAACGCAAGAGACACAGCUGGGGAAUAUUUCGAGAUCGACGUCCGGACCUAUACAAGGUGCUUCUCACCUUGGAUGGAAGCAAUCCUCGAACGUGAUCAAAUGGUGCCUCCUCGAUUCCUUGAGAUUCGGAUAAUCCUUCAGUCGCAGGAAGAAAUUAACUGAAGAGACGCAUGGUCCUUUCACCUGGAGAAUCGAACGGGGAAAUUGAAUAAUUAUAGAAUGCUUUCCCGAAUGAUUUCCUGUAAAGAAAGGUUUGGCACCCUGCUGCGUCUUUCGUUUUUUAGGCUUCACAUGCUAAGGAUACUCUAUCUACGGUGAAAUCUUUCGAUUAAUUGCCCACCUUUUUAUUUGAGUCAUACUUGUUUCUGAAAGAAAUCUGAAAGUGGAUCGCAUUCGGGUGCCCUCAUGCAAUGUGGGAGUAAUCAUAUAGUA